UCCAUCUUGGGUGGUUGUUGUAAGUGACCUCCACUCGCUCUCCACACAUGAAUCUCUAUGAAGCACUGUGGCAAGAGGUCUUGUGUCAGACCUAAACUCUCACAGCUCUCCCCACGGGAGCACUGAAAACUUCUGAGGAACCCUGAAGACGUCUUCUGACUCACAGGAUCCUAUCAACAGACAUGGAGCCAAAAACUGACAGUGGAUCGGCUCCGUUGACCAGCGAAGCUCUGGCAGCUGUCGAAGAUGAAGAGGUUCUCAACAAGAUGCUAGACAACGCCACAGAUUUCGAUGAGAGGCGAAUGAUUCGUGCUGCAUUAAGGGACCUGCUGAAGAAGAAGAGGGAGAAGCGAGAACAGGAGCGAGGGACGAGGCAGCAGGACUUGAGACAGCAGGGCCUGAGCAAAGGAGGGAGAGCAGGCGGAGCUGUGAGCGUAGGCAGAGCCUCCAUGAACCAGCCAUCGAUGCACAAACCACCUGGACAGGCCUCCGCGUCAGCCUCCACCCCGUUUACCAGAACAGCAGGCAGCAAGGCCAGUCCUGCUGCAGCCUCAGUCCAGAAAUGUCCUGCUGCAACACCCAACGCUAAAAAUGUCAAACAGAUGCUUCUGGAUUGGUGCCGGGCCAAAACAGAGCCUUAUGAGGGGGUGGACAUCCAGAACUUCUCCUCAAGUUGGAAAGAUGGCAUAGCCUUCUGUGCCUUGGUGCACCGGUUCUUCCCAGACGCCUUCGAGUACUCGAUCCUUAACCCAAACAAGCCCAAGGAAAACUUCCAGCUGGCCUUCAGCACUGCAGAGAGACUGGCAGGCUGCCCCCCUCUGCUCGACCCUGACGAUUUAGUGAGGAUGAAAGAGCCCGACUGGAAGUGCGUGUACACGUACAUUCAGGAGUUCUACCGCAGCCUGGUGGAGAAAGGCCUGGUGAAAACAAAAAAGCGACUGUAGACUCCCCGAAAAGUCACACACAAGCUUGCGUGACGUCAUCUUGUGUACAAUGAAACCAUGCAGGAUGAUUUUUGCGUACUGUUUUCAAGUGAAUAUUAUAUUUUUUUCUGUUAUUUCUGUGACCCCAGAUUUGCUCUGAGUAAAAAGCUUGUGAAUGUUAAUGCACUGUGUCUAAUUUGUAGUAUUUCGACUGGUGUGUGUUUGGGUGAGUGGGUGUGUGUGUUUGCAGGGACUCGUGUGUCUGUGUGUCUCUCGGUGGACAGCUGGUGCCUCCGAGGGAUCAGUAACAUUCCACUGAGAUUACACAUCUGCAUUAAUUCCAGUCAGAGCCAUAGAGCAUCAGUGAUGUCGUAGAGGGGCCUGACUGUGAGUAUUAAAGGGGCUGUAUGUAAGAGUUUAAAACAGAGUGUUGUGUUUUGUUUUUAAUUUACAUGUUUCAAAGCCACAAAACAAUCUUCAAGUUUACUUUUCCCCCUGCAGAAUAUAAAAUAAGGACACUUUUAUUCUCACACUGUCUUUUGUUUCUCCAGGACUUCAAUGUAAACGUCACAAUAAAAUACAGCAUUCCCCUGA